AUGAGAUCUGGAAAAGUAGACGUCUCGAAAGAUAAGCCACAAGGACUGUUGAAGGCUAGUGGAGAAGGAUCACUUCAUCCAGAACUGCGCCAGUGCGAAAGGGAGAUAGCUGACAACCAUGAGCUGAGAAAACGCAGUGGCGGAGCUUCACUUUUGCGGUCCGUACCUCCGCCGUCUUUUGGACUUCAAGCUAGAGUUGGUGCAAGAGAGAGAAGUCGCAAGUGUGCCCUACAGUGUUACGUGUUCUCUGGAAGUAGCGUCAGGUUAGAUGAUUUGGUUGGCCCUUGUGGAAUGUCAGUAUCUGCAAUUGAAUUAGAUCUAGACACAGACAACAUAAACAUAUCUUCCGUACAAGAUGUGCCAACACUGAUAGGAAGUGUAGGUAUAGAAACAUUGCCAACCCCAAUAGCGGUGAUGAAUUCAUCAAAGUGGGCAGAUUUGUUGAUGUCAAGAGGGCAAACCUUUGUUAGUGCUAAACAUUUUAGAGAGGCAUUAUAUAAGUAUAGCUUUGCACACAAGUUUGGUUACCGGUACGUAAAGAAUGAUAGGCAUAAGAUGAUUGUGAAGUGCUGUGUAGAUGGUUGUCCCUGGGAAAUUUCAGCAUAUGGUGUAGGUGAGAAUAAUGGAUUCCUAGUUGUGAGAAGAUUUAACCGUGAACACUUGCAUUAUGCACAAGACAACUUAGUUGUCCCUCAGAGAAAGAGGUGCAAACUUGCUUCAGCAGUCAUAAUAGAUGAGUUGAUUUCUUGCAUGCACAAAGCUCCAAAUGACAUUAGACGGGAUUUGGAAAGAGAGUAUGGGUUGAGGCUCAACUACCAACAAGCAUAUAGGGCGAAAGAGAAAGCAUUGGCAAAAAUUCAUGGUUGUCCGCAGGAGUCCUAUAUGCUAAUCCCUUGGAUAUGUGAAAGGCUAAAAGAAAGUGAUCCAGAAAUGGUAGCAAAGUGGGUUGCAUCAUUAGAUAAUAUAUUUCAAGCUAUAUUUAUUGCAUACGGUUGCUGUGUAGAAGGGUUUUUGAAAGGUGGCAGACCUGUAUUAUAUGUGGAUGGAUGCCACUUGAGUGGUCCGUACAAAGGAAUGUUAUUGGGAGCACAAGCGUAUAACGCGGAUAAUGAAUUAUUCCCACUUGCAUAUGCGAUUAUUGGAGGUGAGACGCUUGAUGACUGGGCAUGGUUUCUUGGUAACAUAAAAGAUAUUACGGGAUCAUUAGAAGUGACAAUAGUAUUGAAUAGACACAACUCAAUAAAAGGUGCAGUGCAAGUUGUGUUUGGAGGAGAUCGACAUGCUUUUUGCUACCGUCAUGUGAAGGAGAAUUACAGUGCUGAGUUUUUGAAGAUAACCAAGGGAAAGAGGAGGACCAGUGGACAGACAAAGGAAGUUGCACUAAAAUUACUUGAUUCUAUUGCAUAUGCAAGACUUGAUAGAGACUUUGAUUGCAGUAUGGAAAAGCUAAUGGCAUUUUGUCCAGAAUUGGGACAAUGGCUUCAAACAAAUGGAGACAUUGAGUAUUGGGCACAAGGCAAAUUUCCUUACAAGAGGUGGGACAAUAUCACAACAAAUCUAGCUGAAUCCUUUAAUGCUUGGCUUGUUGGUGAGAGGAAGCACAACAUAGCUGUCUUGAUACAUAAGCACAGGGAAAAAUUGGCAAACAAGAUAUACCACAGCAAAGAAGCCAUGACGAAUUGGAGCAAUGGUGUGGGACCUAAUAUAGAGGAAAAGUUGAUGGAUCAUAUGGCCAGAUCAGAAAGAAUGGAUGUGCAAAAUUAUGGAAUGAACAAUUUCAGGGUCAGAUGGGGAAACCUAGAUGUGCGGGUAAAUCUUGUGUUACGUGAAUGCACCUGCAAAGGUUGGCAAAUACUCAUGAUUCCAGUUGAGACCCAUGACAUCCCUAGGCCAGAUUCCCUUCGAUAUGAAGAUUACUCGUCCACCAUCUUCCUACAACCACCAUUGACAACUCGGCGUGCUGGAAGACCCAGAGUUAGGAGGAUUGAAUCACAAUUCCAGCAGAAGAAAGCGUAUCAUUGCUCAGGAUGUGGUGAAGCUGGUCACACUAGAAAGAUUUGCCCUAACCCGAACCCUGGGUGA